CCGAGUCUAAGACCGCAAGCAUUAACCUUUAGCCUUCCAACCAAAUUCUCUCUGUUUUCUUUCUCCGUUAAUCUCUAAUUUUCUCGGCUUAAAUUCUUCUCUUUGGAGCGGGAAAGAUGUCUGGGAAAGGCGCCAAAGGUUUGACCACCGGAAAAAUCCUCGCUUCCAGCAAGGACAGAGACAAGAAAAAACCCAUCUCUCGUUCUUCUCGAGCUGGUCUCCAGUUCCCGGUGGGUCGUAUCCAUCGUCUGCUAAAGCAAAGGACCACGGCACACGGGAGAGUAGGAGCCACGGCUGCGGUUUAUUCUGCUGCUAUCCUGGAAUAUUUGACUGCAGAGGUGUUGGAGUUGGCCGGAAACGCGAGCAAGGAUCUCAAGGUGAAACGUAUUACCCCCAGACACCUGCAGCUUGCGAUCCGCGGUGAUGAGGAACUGGAUACCCUGAUUAAGGGAACCAUUGCCGGUGGUGGUGUGAUCCCUCAUAUCCACAAGUCACUCAUCAACAAGUCAUCCAAGGAAUAGACUGAUGUUUUAUUGCUUGCAGGGAUUUGCCAUGCCAAUAUCUCGGCUGCAUUUCUUAGCUGUGAGCUUUAAACUUAAAAACAAUAGGCUGAAGCUUAAAGUAGCGCAUUUAUGCGUUUAGUUAAUGUCGAAACUUAGGUCUAGACUGGUAUUUUAUUUUUCGUUUUUGUAGACGGUAGUGGCAUUGUUUUACAGAUUGACUGAACUGGUUGCUUUUGAAUAGUUAACACAUUGAACUAGCUUUAAGGUCAUUGAUGUGGUAUAAUAUUAGAUGUUAUCUCAUGAGUUUUAUUAUC